UGUCCCUGGCGCUGGGAGCUGGGAAUGGGGGAAAGGGCUAGCUUGAACCCUGGCAAAAAAGAAGGGAAGGGAUGCCAGGCAAAAGGGGUGAAUGGAGAAGAGCUACAGGGAGGAGCUGGGGCUGGUGGACGCAGGGGUCUAAGGAGUCUGGGGGCACGAAGCUGAGGGGCAGGGCGCGGGAGCUGGCCUUGGACCAGGGCAGGUGAGGCAAAGGGUGGAGGGCAGAGGGGAGCAACCGUGGAGCAGGGGCGGGGACGGAUGCUCCCCCCGUGUGUCUGCUGCUCCGACACUAAAGGAGAUGGAUGGGGUAAGGGAAACGCAGCGCCCGUGGCCCCGGGCGGCUCAUCGCUCAGCCGCCGCCCCCGCAGCGGAGAGGUCGGGGCGGGGGUCCGGCCGCAGAUAAAGGCGAGCGGGGGACAUGGGCGGCCGCGGCAGCAGCAUGAGCGGGACAGACCUGAGUCACGCUGCGGGCGCGGCCCCCGACUUAGACCCGGGCCGGGCGGCAGUCGCCUCGGCCUACCAGCGCUUCGAGCCCCGCGCCUACCUCCGCAACAACUACGCGCCCCCUCGGGGGGACCUGAGCGGCCCCGACGGCGUCGGGCCUUGGAAGCUGCGCUGCUUGGCGCAGACCUUCGCCACCGGUGAGGUGUCUGGACGCACCCUCAUUGACAUUGGUUCAGGCCCCACUAUCUACCAGCUGCUCAGCGCCUGCGCCCACUUUGAGGACAUCACGAUGACAGAUUUCUUGGAGGUGAACCGCCAGGAGCUGGGGCUCUGGCUGCGAGACGAGCCUGGGGCCUUCGACUGGAGCGUGUACAGCCAGCAUGUCUGUCUCAUCGAGGGCAAGGGUGAAUCCUGCCAAGAGAAGGAGUGCCAGCUGAGAGCCAGGGUGAAGCGGAUCCUGCCCAUCGAUGUGCACCAGCCCCAGCCCCUGGGCGCUGGGAGCCUGGCGCCCCUGCCUGCCGAUGCCCUGGUCUCCGCCUUCUGCCUAGAGGCUGUGAGUCCGGACCUUGCCAGCUUCCAGCGGGCCCUGGACCACAUCACUACACUGCUGAGGCCUGGGGGGCACCUCCUCCUCAUCGGGGCCCUGGAGGAGUCAUGGUACCUGGCUGGGGAGGCCAGGCUGGCAGUGGUGCCAGUGCGUGAGGAGGAGGUGAGGGAGGCCCUGGUGCGUAGCGGCUAUGAGGUGAGGGAUCUGCGUACCUACAUCAUGCCUUCCCACCUUCGGACAGGCGUAGAUGAUGUCAAGGGCAUCUUCUUCGCCUGGGCCCAGAAGAAGGUGGGGGUGUGAGGCCCCAGUGCAUACAGUGUCGGCGGCCCUCACCCACCUAGAUUCCCUGUUAUCUGAGGUGGCACCUAAUAAAGAAAUAAG